CUCUCACUUCCUCUCUCUUUUUCCUCAACAUUCUGGCUUAGUAUUGUCUUCUAAGUUAGAGAAGGGAGCAGGAACCAAAUUUUCCAGGAAUUCACACUGCAAUGGCAGCCUCCAACUGUGGUCCAAUCUGCAGCGCCGGUGACCCCAGGAGCAGCUGUGGUGAGAUCGUGCUCAGGAACGAAGUUGGCCGAGAUUCCCAGCUGAGACUUGUCUUGGUGGGUAAGACAGGAGCAGGGAAGAGUGCCACGGGCAACAGCAUCCUUGGAGAGAAGGUGUUUCCUUCCAGCCUCGCCGCAAUAUCUGUCACCAAGACCUGUAGCAAAAGGAGCAGCAGGUGGCGGGGACGAGAAAUUGUGGUGGUGGACACACCUGGCAUUUUCGACACCGAGACACAGGACGCUGACACCUGCAGGGAGAUUGCUCACUGCAUCGUCCUGACCUCCCCGGGGCCUCACGCUCUGCUCCUGGUGGUCCCGCUGGGCCGGUACACGCCGGAAGAGCGCAAGGCCACAGAGAAGAUUCUGCAGAUGUUUGGUGUCAGAGCUAGGAGAUACAUGAUUCUCGUAUUCACCCGGAAAGACGACUUGGAUGGCAUCCCUUUCCGCGAUUACUUACAGGAAGCACCGCAAGACAUCCGAGAGCUGAUGGGCAAUUUCGGGGAUCGCUACUGCGUGUUCAACAACCGCGCGACGGGGGCCGAGCAGGAGGUCCAGAGAGACCAGUUGCUGGCCCUGGUCCAGCGUGUGGUGGCCGAGAACGAAGGAAGAUGCUACACUAACAAGAUGUACCGAAUGGCCGAUGAGGAGAUUCAGAAGCAAAUUCUAGCAAUGCAAGAACGUUACAGAGAAGAGCUAGAGAGAGAGAGAGUGCAGAUAAGAAAGGAGUUUGAAGACAGAAUCAGAAGGCUGGAGGAUAAACUAGAGCAGCAGAAACGAAUGGAACAAAUGGAGAGAGAAUUGGCCGAGAGAGAGGCUCUCUAUGCCAUAAAGCAGCAAAAUGCCAGAUAUGAAGUUGAGAGUCAGCACAGGAUAGUUGACUUGAUCAUGUCAGCAUUGAAGAUGGUUCUUCCUUUUUUCUCUCGCCUGUUUAUGGAAGAUUAACCAGAAUGAAAAGAUCUGCCCAUUUCCUGCCCGUUUUCUGCUGGCCCUGCCAACCUCCCCACCCCCAAACUCAUUCACCAAUGUUGGAGCACUCUCACUUCUGUCUCUCAGACUCUUAGGGAUAUAAUCAAGUUCACUGUUGAUUGGUAGAUGUUUAAUUGAUUUAACAUGGGAGGGACAAAUUCUCAAUUUGUGGAACUCCAGAGUAGAAGGUGAUGAUGCUCUUCUAAGCAGAUGACCCCAAACAUUCUCUGUUUACCCCAAGGAACAUCUAGAUUCUUUCUAGAUUGGUGUAUAUCCUCUCUCUGUGGCUUCUACUCACUUAUUUUUGCCUUUAGGACACAGUGAUCUCCUUACCCAUAUGGUUUGUUAGAAAGAUUGGUUCUUCGAGUUGAGUAAUCUAUCGAUGCUUAUAGAAUUUUUUCCAGAGGAGUGAAAAUGUAUUUAGUUAUAUUUUUUACAGAAGGACUCAAAUUGUUCCUUAUCACCUGCCCAUUGAAGAACAAAGAGUUGUCUGGAAAAUCCAUCUCUCAGGACUCAACUAAAUGAAAUGCCAGAAAGAGUGAGUAAAGGAGAGAUUCAACACAUAAGAGAACAACAGUUGCUGUGUUCAGAUGUAUCUAUAGCAACUUUUUGACCGACCUCAAAACAACAUAUUUGCUGAAUAACCAGUUCUCUCUUUUCUUGUAAAACUGUUGUCACUUCACCUCCAACAUUUCAAACCUUCAUUACUUGCUGCACAUACUGCCCCCACCCAGUGAAUUGUUUGCUUAUUGUUGUAAUAAAAUUUUUCUGUUCUCUCAUAGUUCUAUAAAA